AUGUCCGUGGGCGACAAGCUGAACGAGGCCUUCUGCUGGCUGAAGGAAGAAUUCGACGAAUUGAUGACCGAUUUGGAGGUAGACAAAGGGGAGCUAAACGUGAGUGACCUCUGCACGAAGAUUAACAACACGUGGAGGAGCAUAAACGGAGGAGAGGAGGAGUCCCCCCUGUGUGCAGAUAGCCAGGGAGGGGGAAGGGACAAGAAAAGAAAGGAACGAAUUAACCAUGAGGAGCUCGUGCCGUGGAGCGAUUUGAAUUACUCCCUCUUCCAUUACGUGGGUAUUUAUAAAAAGGUUAGCGAGGCGCUACUGAUUGAUGAUGAGGACUUUUACUUUAACUUUGACGCGGACAAUGUUUAUGUGAAGCGGAGGUUCUCCCCCAGCUUGGCGUUCCACCCGCUGAUUUGCCCCAUUGACGCUGCGUAUUUUAACUUCCUCUUGUUUUGCAUUUCGGGGGGGGCUCCCGAUAAGGCAAAGGGGGGGGAAGCCAACGGGGGAGAAGCAAAAUGGAGAGAAGUAAAAUGGGGAGAAGCAAAAGGGGAUACCUCCAUCGGGGGUGCUUCCAACUGGGGCACUUCCAUCGAGGGUACCUCCAACUGGGGCACCUCCUUCGAAGGUGCUCCCAACUGGGGAAGCACUGCCCCCCCCCACCGGCGGCGAGGCAGCCGCGCGGAAAUAACCUACGCCUACAGCGACGACCGCGCGUACAAGGAGAAUUUCGUCGUGACGCAGGAGGCCUACGCGGCUUUGAGCGAGGAGUACACGAAGGUGCCCGGCGUGCAGCGGUGCCUGGAGCGCGGGGCGGGCGCGCCCUUCAACUUCGGCCCGCGGGGGGGCGCGGCGGUUGGCACGAGUGGAACGAGUGGCACGAUUGGAGGUGGUACAGGCGAUACUGGCCAUAUUGGCGAUGCUGGCGGUACGAGUGAAGGUGGCACACCCCCCGAUCGCGCCGCUCACACCGCCGCCCCCCUGAACAGGGAGGCGCUGAACCGGACGUACGCCUUCUCCCUGGAGAGCAAGACCUACAUGGUGCACCCCGAAAUGAACAAGAAGAUCAAAAUUGUGAACGGAGACAUAUCUGCCGUGGACUCGGAGGCAGUGGUUCUGUUUGCAAACCACAAUUACCGUUUUUCCAAACGGGUAUGCGACGACUUGUAUUCAUGCACGUUAAUGAAAUUGGAUGAAGAAGAGAGAAUCGAAAUCAAAUCGAAGAAGAGCGGAGAGGUCUGUCUAACCAACAGCUACGAUGGGAUACACAAGUACAUCCUCCACGUCAUGCUACCAAAAUAUAAUAGCAAAUAUAUCCUGGCGACCCACAACACUAUGAAUCUAUGUGUGCAGGAGAUCUUAUGUGUGUGUGUGGAGAAACGGGUUCAGUCUGUUUCGAUUCCCAUCGUCUGCUUUGGCUUGUUCUUUCCCACUAACAUCUUCUUGGUGAGUCUGAUGAAGAGCCUGCGGUCGCUGCUGCUGCUCCCCCAGUUUUACAAUGCCAUUCGGUCAAUCGUAUUCGUUACCAAUUCGAAUGAGUUAUACCUGCUGACUUUGAAGUACGCCUCUGUGUUUUUCCCGCGGUGCCGGGAGGAGAUGUUCCUCUCCGCCAACAUUGCCAUUUUGGGGAACAAGCUGGGGUCCAUCGACGUGCGCAACAGGGGCAUUCGCAUUUUCAAGACGCUCCGGAGGGUCACUCGCGGCGCGUUAGCAGCGGAGUCGUUAGCAGCCGGGUCGUCAGCCGAGUCGUUAGCAGCCGAGUCAGCAGCUUCCUUCGCUUCCUCCGCUGCUUCGUCGUCCGCCGCUUCCUCCGCUUCCUCUUCGGUCAUCUUCAACGCGGCGGACGAGGAGUUCUUAAGCCUGCGGGCGGAGAGCGAGGGGCACCAGCAUCUCUACAUGCUGCAGGAGAUUAAGAAAAGGGAAGAGGGCGUGCUGGGCAACCUGCAGAGCUGCCUCCGCCUCAGUUGCAUCUACAAUAUAAAAAAAAAAUUUGCAGAAUUUGAAGAGGAUUCUUUCCUAUAUGAGUACGGGGUUGACGAGCUCGGGAGGAAGACAGUGAUCAUCAACUUCUUUAAGUUCCCUCGAGUGUAUAACUACCACUCGCUCUUUUUGUUUCUGCUGUUUCACUUUAACUCGUUUAUGCGCAACCACUUUGUUUUGCUCUUCGUCUUCUCCGAAGGCAUCUCCGGCGAAAUCACCAACGUCUUGUCUCUCUUUAAGGACCUUUUCCAGCUGGUCUCCGAUUUCCUGCACAACCUCAGGGUCGUUUACUUCUUCAAUUACUCCCUCGCCUUCAAGCUCUUCAUCUGCGUCCUCUACCCCUUCAUCCCGGCCGCCAUCUACGACAGCAUUGUGUAUUUGAACGGCGCCCAGGAACUGUCGAAGCACUUCGACGUUAAGAAGGCCUUGAGACAAUGA